AUGUUGGUCCGAUGGACCGGUUGGACCAUCUGGCCUGUUGGUCCGAUGGACCGGUUGGACCAUCUGGCCUGUUGGUCCGAUGGACCGGUUGGACCAACUGGCCUGUUGGUCCGAUGGACCGGUUGGACAAUCUGGCCUGUUGGUCCGAUGGACCGGUUGGACCAACUGGCCUGUUGGUCCGAUGGACCGGUUGGACCAUCUGGCCUUGUUGGUCCCGAUCGGACGGUUUGGACCAACUGGCCGGUGGGGUACGAUGGACGGUGGACCAGUGGCCUUGUUGUGGCCGAUGGGGGACCGGUUUGGACCAAUCUGGGCCUGUUUGGUCCGAAUGGACCGGUUGUGACCAAUCUGCCUGUUGGUCCGAAUGGACCGGUUGACCAAUCUUGCCUGUUGGUCCGAUGGACCGGUUUACCAUCUAGGGUCCUGUUGUCCGAUGGACCGGUUGGACCAAUCAUGGCCGGUUGGUCCGAUGGACCGGUUUGGGCCAUCCUGGCCUGUUGGUCCGAUGGACCGGUUGGACCAACUGGCCUGUUGGUCCGAUGGACCGGUUCUGGACCAACUUGGCCUGUUGGUCCGAUGGGACCGGUUGGACCAACUCGGCCUGUUGGGCUGGGAUGGACCGGUUGGAACAAUCUGGCCUGUUGGUCGAUGGACCGGGUGGACCAUCUGGCCUGUUGGUCCGAUGGACCGGUUGGACCACUGGCCUGUUUGUCCGAUGGACCGGUUGGACCAUCUGGCCUGUUGGUCCGAUGGACCGGUUGGACCAUCUGGCCUGUUGGUGCGAUGGACCGGUUGGACCAACUGGCCUGUUGGUCCGAUGGACCGGUUGGACCAUCUGGCCUGUUGGUCCGAUGGACCGUUUGGACCAACUGGCCUGUUGGUCCAAUGGACCGUUUGGACCAUCUUGCCUGUUGGUCCGGUGGACCGGUUGGACCAACUGGCCUGUUGGUCCGAUGGACCGGUUGGACCAACUGGCCUGUUGGUCCGAUGGACCGGUUGGUCCAACUAGCCUGUUGGUCCGAUGGACCGGUUGGACCAUCUGGCCUGUUGGUCCGAUGGACCGGUUGGACCAUCUGGCCUGUUGGUCCGAUGGACCGGUUGGACCAACUGGCCUGUUGGUCCGAUGGACCGGUUGGACCAACUGGCCUAUUG